AUGAGGUACUCACGAAAAGAAAUAUGCGAGUUGUGUGGACACCGAUUCUCUUUUAUGCCGAUAUACUCUCCGGAUAUGCCUCGAAGAUUGCCUAUUCGUGAUGUGGUUGGCGGUUUAGUGACGUCGGUUGCAUCUGCUGUUAAAGACUGGUUGCACUAUACUUUGGUUGCACUCGCAUGGCUCGGGAUUGUGCCUCUCACUGCUUGCCGGACGUAUCGCUGCCUAUUCUCUGGCUCAUUGGAUCCAGUGAUAUCACUACCAUUUGAUAUUGUGUCUGCAGAGAAUCUAGCUAAGGAUGUGUUUUCUGGAUGUUUUGUUGUGACAUGUACACUGUUUUCUUUCAUUGGAUUGGUCUGGCUGAGGGAGCAGAUCAUGCAUGGUGGCGGUCCAGAUUGGAUGGAAAGAGAAAAUUUACCAGCUCCUCCAGCUGAGGAUAUUCCUUUGCAAGAUAACAAUAAUGAUCAUGUAAAUGAGGGUGCUGGUGAUGAUGGUGGGGCAAGGGAGGAACCAAAUGGUGAACCUGCAGAUGACCCACUAGUUGGUGAUGAAGCAAAUUGGAAUCCUAUGGAAUGGGAUCGCGCAGCAGCUGAAGAAUUGACCUGGGCUAGAUUACUUGGUCUUGAUGGAUCUAUGGUGUUUUUAGAACAUGUGUUUUGGGUUGUAUCUCUUAAUGCAUUUUUUAUUGUUGUGUUUGCAUUCUGCCCAUACCAUAUUGGAAAAUUGGGUGCAGCAUUAGCUGGCUUAGCUGCAGAAGGUCCAUUUGCUGGUCUUCUGACAGCACUGGCUGGAUAUGUAAUAGUGGGGGCUAUAUUAGCAGUAUUACAUGGAAUGGCUUCUUUACUCAGAUUAAGAAGUGCAAAGAAAGCACUAGGAUUCUGCUAUGUAGUUGUGAAAGUAGCACUGUUGUCCGUUGUUGAAAUUGGAGUGAUACCUUUAGUAUGUGGAUGGUGGUUGGAUCUUUGUUCUUUAUCAAUGUUUGAUGCUACACUGAAAGACAGAGAGUCAAGUCUAAAUGCAGCCCCUUGGACUAUAAUGUUCAUACAUUGGCUAGUUGGAAUGGUCUAUGUGUAUUACUUUGCAUCCUUCAUAUUGUUACUGAGAGAAGUGUUGAGACCUGGUGUGCUCUGGUUUUUGAAGAACUUGAAUGAUCCUGACUUUAGCCCUGUACAAGAAAUGAUUCAUCUGUCCGUAUGGUCGCACAUCCGUCGGCUCGUCGUGUCGGCCAUGGUGUUUGGUACAGCUGUGCUGUUUAUGCUAUGGCUUCCCAUAAGAGUGAUUAAGAACGUCCUUCCCGGCUUCCUUCCUUACGCUGUGGCUGUCCAUGCAGAAGCACCGGUCAAUGAAUUGAGCCUGGAAUUACUUUUAUUACAGGUGAUCCUUCCAGCUCUUCUUGAACAGUCUCAUACACGAACAUGGUUGAAAGCCGGGCUUCGUGCGUGGUGUGCGUGUGCCGCUGGAGCCCUGGGCCUCCGGUCGUACUUACUGGGUGAGGCCUCUAGGGAGAAUGAACCUCACCCCCCGCCACACCCCCCACAUCAGCUUGGGGCUGCUCACAGGGCGCUAAUGUGGCGUGACGGGCCCGCCGGCUUCGAGCCGUACGUGCGCGUGGCGUGGUUCCCGCUGCGGCUCGCCGCGCUGCUGGCCCUCGUGUCCGUCUCGCUCGUCAUGGCGAGCGCUUUGACACUUGUAAUACCAGUAGCAAUUGGGCGCAAAGUGAUGGCAAUAUGGCUGCCGAAGGCGUCGGACGGCGUCCACGAACUGUAUACGGCGGCUUGCGGUAUGUACGUAUGUUGGGCGGCCGGGCGGGGCGGAGCCCUAGCAGCGGGGUGGGCCAGGGGAGGCCGCGCUGCCCUACUCGCUAGGGCUGCGCUAUGGGCACGUAGGGCGGCCAGGGCUGCCCUAGCUGCCCUAGCACUGUUGGGUCUCGUGCCGUUGAUGUUUGGAUUGUUAUUGGAAUUGGUGCUAGUGAUCCCUCUGCGAGUGCCGUUGGAGCAGUCGCCGGUACUGUUCGUGUGGCAGGACUGGGCUUUGGGCGUGCUCUACACCAAGAUAGUGUGCGCUCUUACCAUGAUGGGCCCCGACUGGGGAAUGCGGCGCGCCAUAGAAAAGGCGUACAGGGACGGGAUACGGGAGAUGGAUCUUAAGUUCAUCCUGCGCAGCGUGGCGGCGCCGCUGGUGCGGUGGCUGGGGCUGGCGCUGGCGGUGCCGUACGCGCUGGCGCACUCCGCCGCGCCGCUGCUGCCGCCCGCGCAGCGCAACCUGCUCGCGCGCCGCGUCUACCCCGCGCUGCUGCUGCUCGCCGUGCUCGCGGUGCUGCUGCUCUUCCAGAUACGCCAAUUCCGCAAGUUAUACGAGCACAUAAAGAACGACAAGUAUCUAGUCGGCCAGAGGCUGGUGAACUACGACCAUCGGAGGCACAAACAGGCUGUAUCCAAUAAC